AUGGAACUUAAGCUUUCCUCCUUUGUUAUUCCCUUUUCUCUUUUAUUAAUGUUUCAUUUACUUGCAAAAUACUACAAACAAAAAACUGCUUACAAGUUACCUCCUGGUCCAAUGAAGUUACCAAUCAUUGGUAACCUUCAUCAAAUAGCAGCCCUAGGAUCACUUCCACAUCGUGUUUUUCAACAACUUGCGCAUAAAUAUGGUCCUAUUGUUCACCUAAAACUUGGUGAAAUUUCUACCGUAGUUAUAACCUCACCAAAGUUAGCAAAAGAAAUAUUAAAAACUCAUGAUGUUGUUUUUGCUAAUAGGCCACAUCUGCAAUCAUCUCAUAUCAUGUCAUAUGGUUCAAAAGAUAUUGCAUUUUCUCCAUAUAAUGAUUAUUGGAAACAAAUGAGAAAAAUAUGUAUAUUAGAGCUAUUAAGUAUCAAAAGAGUUCAAACUUUUGCUUAUAUUAGAGAAGAUGAGACCCGAAAUUUUAUAAGAUCAAUUCACUCAUCAGAAGGGUCGCCAGUCAAUCUCACCCAUAGAAUUUUCUCAUUAGUGAGUUCUAUGGUUUCGAGAUCGGCUUUUGGCGACAAAACAGAAGAUCAAGAAGAGUUUGUGAAUGUGAUAAGAAAAGCUAUAGAGUCUGUUGGAGGACUUGAACUUGCAGACUUGUUUCCUUCAAAGAAGACUAUAAUAAAUAUGCUAUCUGGCGCGAAAUCAAAGUCGGAAAAAAUGCACAAAAAUUCUGACAAAAUAAUGGAAAUAAUUGUAAAGAAGCAUCAAGAGAAGCAAAAAAGAAAAAAAGAAGGGAAUGUUAAAAAUGAUGAAGAAGAGCAUGAAGAUCUUGUUGAUGUUCUUUUGAGAGUCCAAGAAGAUGGAAGCCUUGAUGUCCCAAUUACAGCAAGCAACAUAAAAGCUGUGAUUUUUGAUGUAUUUGCAGCUGGAACUGACACAACAACAUCAACAAUAAUAUGGGCAAUGUCAGAAUUAAUGAAAAAUCCAAGUGUGAUGAAGAAAGCCCAAUCUGAAUUAAGAGAAGCAUGUAAAGGAAAAGAAAUAAUAUCUGAAAUUGAUAUACAAGAACUUCCAUACCUAAAACUAGUUAUAAAAGAAACAUUGAGGCUUCACUCACCAAAUCCUCUAUUAAUCCCUAGAGAAUCCACUGAAUUAACCAACAUUGAUGGUUAUGAUAUACCAAAAAAGACUAAAGUGAUGAUAAAUGUUUGGGCUAUGGCAAGAGAUCCUAAAUAUUGGACUGAUGCUGAGAGGUUUAUUCCAGAGAGAUUUGAGGGUAAUUUUAUGGAUUACAAGGGAAAUAAUUUUGAGUAUCUUCCUUUUGGGGCAGGUAGAAGAAUAUGCCCUGGCUUAUCAUUUGGUGUAGCUGGUAUAAUGCUUCCAUUGGCACUACUACUUUAUCAUUUUAAUUGGGAGUUACCAAAUAAUAUGAAACAUGAGGAUUUGGAUAUGACUGAACUUUAUGGAUUGGCUGUUGGAAGGAAAAGUGAGUUGUGUUUGAUUCCAACUGUUUACUAUGAUAUUUGA